AAAUCACACCGGGAACCAAAAUUUAAAAAAUAGCAGAGUACGGAUACGUUGGGAUAGGAUGUAAAACCAUUUGAAUAUUUACAUAUGAACAGCUGAUUGUCAGUUCAAGUCAAAUUUAUAUGCGUCUCUGAAAACCAGUAUUGAUCGGCGAUAAUUAUGACACGAAUACAAAGGUUACUUUUGGAGUUGUAGUUGAUAUAUUCGGUGUUCCAUCAGAUAGAACAAUGGAAGAGAAGCGCACAAUGGUUUGGAAUAUUGCAAGCUCCAUUGGAAUAGCACUGACAAUUCCAUAUAUUCUGUAUAAAGUAGUACGGGCAGUUUACAUUAAAAAAGUUUAUGGAGCAUUAGCUGGAAAAGUUGUGGUAAUAACUGGGGCAAGUUCUGGACUGGGUGAAGCUUUGGCCCACGAGUUUUAUAAAAAUGGAUGUCAGGUGGUGUUAUGUGCAAGGAGACGACAGGAACUGGAUAGAGUUAGGAUGGACCUUUUAAAGAUGCAUCCCACAGUUCCUACACUACACCCAAUUAUUGUUCCUCUUGACCUUGGCAACUUGGAUCAGUUGCCUUCUAAUGUUGAUAAAAUAAUUGCCCUAACUGGUCAUAUUGAUAUACUAAUUAACAAUGGAGGUAUUUCCAAUCGUGGAUCAGCCUGUGAUACCAAAUUAAGUGUUGAUAUGGAAUUGAUGAAGAUUAACUAUUUUGGAACAAUUACUUUAACUAAAGCUGUAUUGCCAAGUAUGGUGAAACGCAAUCAAGGACAUAUAGUUUCCAUUAGUUCAGUACAGGGACUUAUUGCAAUUCCUGAAAGGUCUUCUUACAGUGCAUCAAAGCAUGCAUUACAGGCUUUCAGUGACAGUUUAAGAGCAGAAGUCAACAAGCACAAUAUUCAUAUGACUGUUGUUAGUCCUGGAUACAUUAAGACACAAUUAUCUUUGAACGCUUUAACUGGAACUGGCGCAAAGCAUGGACAACUCGAUAAAAAUACCGAACAAGGAUACACUCCAGAAUUUGUGGCUAACAAGAUUUUGAAUAGUGUUGUGCAAGGGAAAAAGGAAGUAGUAAUAGCAUCAUUUAUUGCGCGCAUUGGCAUUUUUCUGAGAAAAUAUUUCCCCACUAUUUACUUCUUGGUGAUGGCACAUAGAGCAAAUAAAUCACAUUAAUUGAAUAGCUCAAAAUUAUUGAAUUUAAUUCACAUCUCCCUCUCAUCUUUUAAUGUGUUAAUAUUCGACGUUCUUUAAAAUAAAAUUUAUUAAUAAGAAUAUUUACAAACAACAUAUGCAUAUUUGCAUUUGACAGUAAUUAUCCAUUUAAAUACUAAACUUGUUUACCAUCAUAUCUUCAUCAUUGAAAAUGUUAAGGCAUAUUACUUAAAGAAAACAAUAUAAAACAAUAAAAACCAAACAAACAGAAUGUGCAUUGAUUGAAUAAAAAAAAGAUAUUUACUUUGUAUUGUACUUGCUGUCUUUCAUUUCAACCAAAAAGAAUAAAAGAAAAAAAUACAAACAAAAAUGCAAUCAAUUUCAUCAAACUAGAUGCACACUUCUAGCUACAUUCUCCUUAAAAAUGCCUUUUCUUUUUUCAACAAAAUGCGUUCAUACUAAUUUUGCAUCGACUACCAAUUGAGUAAAAUUAAUAGGAGUUUCUUUA